AUGGACUCUGUCAUUGCAACUGUAUGUUACAAUGAAGCUUCAUUGUCGUUUCGUAUUGGUUUAAAAUCAACUCUUACGGGUUUGAAGGAUAAUAUUUGUUUAAAUUGGGUUCAAUUAUCUCCAUUCACUAUUGAAAUCAUUCACAAAUUUGGUGAGCAGCAAAAGGUACUUCAGUCUAAUUAUGAUCUCCAAUCAGCUGCUGUGUUUUCUCUGUUUAACAAGUUGCCAACACUAGACUUAUAUGUAUAUCAUAGAAGUGAAAGUUCAAGUUCAGUAUGCCACAUAGGUGCUAGUUCAAGUUCAUCAUCCCAUGGGUCUGAAGUUGUACCUGUCAAUCAUCCACUAGUUACCACUGUCACUGAUUAUGAUGACCCUAAAGUAGUCAAAGAGCCGUUGAAAUCCGCUCGUUGGCUAGGUUUUUUUCACAGUGUUGAACAAGUGUUUCCACGAGGUGUGGACCAAGUGCGUCACGAUUUGAUGAAGUACCAUGAUUCAAAUGGUUAUGCAUAUAAGGUAACAAGAAACGAGAAGUUGCGGAUUGCUGCUUGUUGUGCUAACAAGAAGAAGGACAAGUGUAAUUGGCACAUGUAUGAUGUUUCUUGUGACGGUGUCGAAGGAAGUCCCUUUAUUAUCAAGGAGUUAAAUAAUCAGCAUACUUGUGACGGUGGAUUUAUUAAAGUUCCAAGUGUAUCGAAGAAGCUAAUAAGUUCCUUGAUCAAGGAUGAGAUUAAACAGAACCCAAAGAAGAAGACAAAGGAUAUUAUGGAAAAAAUUAGAAGAGAAUAUGGCUUUGACAUAAGUCGUUAUUAUGCAUACGCAGGUAAGAGACAUGCACUGAAUAUGGCAUGGGGAGAGGAUGAGAAGUCAUUCGCUUACUUGCAUUGGUAUAUAAAGCAAUUGUCUGAAACCAAUUCUGGAUCUCGUGUUGUUUUGGAAACUGACGCGAGUCAAAAGUUUGUGAGAUUGUUCAUUGCCUUCGGAUCAUGUAUCCGUGGAUUUAAUUACUGUCGUCCCUUGAUAUUCAUGGAUGCAACACAUUUGAAGAGUAAAUAUCUCGGUCACAUGAUGGCAGCAACAGGACUAAACGGGGAUAAUGGAAUUUACCCUUUAGCUUAUGGCGUGGUUUCAUCUGAGACUGAUGCGAACUGGAAAUGGUUUAUGGAGCAACUCAGGGAUGUCGUUUCUCCUCAAAGAAAACUUACAUUUGUGAGUGAUCGAGGUAGUGGUUUAGUCAACCAAAUCCCCGUCGUUUUUCCAGGUGCGUAUCAUGGGUGGUGUUACUGGCACAUGUCAAACAAUGUUAAUGCAUGCUUGCCUAAGUCAGCCAAGACAUAUAACAAUUAUGUGUUGAAGUUGUUUGAAAAAUGUGCAUAUGCGAAUACACAUGUAGAGUUUAAGGAGAGUUGGGAUGACUUGAUGCUGGUUAAAAAUCAGAAGCUACAAGAAUAUCUUAGUAGGGAUCCACUUGAUAAAUGGGUUAGUUUUUUUUUCCCGGGCUGUCGAUAUGGGGAGUUGUGCUCAAAUGUUGUUGAAUGUUUGAAUGGUUGGAUUAAGGAAGAGAGGGAGAUGCCUAUUGCUGUCAUGGUUGAUAAAAUAUGGCUGAAGCUUAUGGAAAUGAUGUGCAUUCGUCGUGAAGAAUGUGUGACAUCGUUCGAUUGGCGAGGAGUUUUGUGUCCAAAAAUGGAAGCUGAACUCUAUAACAAUAAGAUGCAUGGCCGUGAUUACAGUGUUACCAAGUCAUCUGAAUUUGUGUAUGAAGUUCAUGCCUCAUUAACACAAAGGGUUGAUUUGAAAGAAAAGACAUGCUCUUGCAACCGUUGGAAAAUCAAUGGCUUCCCUUGCCCCCAUGUUGUUAGGUGUAUAAUGGGGAAUGGUGAAGAUCCUUAUGAGUAUGUUGAAAACUACUUCACCACUAAGUUCUAUCGAGAGUCGUAUUCAAUACCAAUCCAUCCAGUUCCAACAGUUGAAAGGCCUGCAACAAUUUCACCCAAGUCUGUUGUUCAUGGACCUAAAGUUUUGCCACAAUCAGGACGUCCACGUAAGAAGAAAAGGAUUCCUAAUACAGGUUCAAUUCCCAAGAAGAAGAUGAGAACUUGCGGUGGAUGUAAUGAAUUGACUACUCAUAAUCGAAGGAUGUGCCCUAAUAAGCAGACGUGA